AGCCGGUGCGGAAGUACAUUCAGACGGGGACCAUUGCUGCCUGAAACGAGGUCAUGUAGGCAGCCCAUUGAUAGAAUAAACCUUGUGUACGAUUGACAGAUCUUUCAAUGAAACGCGUCACUUUGUAACAAUUUGCAACAUUGUACAUUCAUUCGAAUCCAGCGCUACUUAUGAACUGGGAGUAACGCUCGCCGACAGGUGGUAAGCUAUUUUUAGAAGUUAAAGAACUAGACUUAACGACAUGGCAGCGUCUAAAUGCACCAGGUUAACUGGCUGUCUGAUCAAGCAAUUGCUUGAAUCUGUAGACAGCGUACUGUUUGACUGCGAUGGAGUUAUAUGGCGAGGGGACCAGGCCAUCCCUGGCGCCCCUGAAGUGAUCAACCUCUUGAAGAAGAACGGCAAACGCGUGUUCUUCGUAACGAACAACAGCACUAAGACCCGAAAGAUGUAUGCGGACAAACUGGCCAAGCUAGGAUUUGACGCCGCCGAAGAGGAAGUCUUUGGGACAGCCUACUGUUCUGCAAUGUACCUCAAAACGGUUUCCAAAAUAAGUGGCAAAGUCUACCUCAUUGGAAGCAAUGCCAUGAAGAAAGAGAUUGAGAGCGUGGGGAUCCAGACCAUUGGAGUCGGUCCAGACCCCAUCUCUGGGGUCCAGAGUGACUGGGCCAACGUCGCACUUGACCCCGAGGUCAAGGCUGUGGUUGUCGGCUUUGACGAACACUUCAGUUACAUGAAACUCAACAAGGCACUCCAGUACCUCUGUGUCCCUGGCAUGCAGUUUGUUGGCACCAACAUUGAUACAAGGCUUCCCCUGGAGGGAGGGAAAGCUGUUCCAGGAACCGGCUGCCUGGUUAAAGCUGUGGAGACGGCGGCCCAGCGCCCGGCCCAGACGGUGGGCAAGCCCAGCCACUUCAUGUUCGACUGCGUGGCCAGCCAGUUCGGCCUGGACCCAGCCCGCUGCCUCAUGGUGGGAGACCGGCUGGACACGGACAUCAUGCUGGGCACCAACUGUGGGAUGAAAACCAUGCUCACCCUCACCGGGGUUUCCACCGUUGCCGACGCCAUGGAUCACCAGCAGAGCGGCUGUCCGAAUCGGGCCGGAAUGGUGCCUGAUUACUAUGUGGACUCCAUUGCGGAACUCCAGCCAGCCCUACAGGGUUGAGGAAGAGUUUAGAACUUUAUGUACAGGGUGUCCCAAUACAAUGUGUGUAGUAUACACACUUAAAAUCUGUGAAGUGGAUGUUUAUUCAAAUUCAUGUGCUGUUUCAAAGUGUGGUAAUAGAAUUUACAGACAUCAGCUUCAUGCUUUGUUCACCGCCGGUUCUCUAACUUGUGUCUUAAGUCUUGCAACAGUCACUGAAAUUGAAUUCACAAUAGUGAAUAGAGAAUUGUGAAUGAUUCACAUUGAUAGCAGUGUCUGGACCCAGAAUGGAUAUAUCAGGUUUAGAACCGAGGGUAAUAAAGCAAGGCCUACAUUGACGUCUGUAAUUUUAGUAUACUUUGAAAAAUACAUGAAUUUAAAAACACACCUGCUUUACAAUGAUUUAAAGCAGUGGUUCCCAAACUUUCUGCAAACAUCAGCUGUCCAUUAAUAUCGCUACAUUCUAAUUUAAUAUUCACAAGAAAAGUAAAAACAUUUUUAAAAAGUCCAUUCUGUAUGCAACCCUCCUAGGGGCCCUGUUCUUCAGUUUGUAAACCACUGAUUAAAAGUGAUUAAAUGUGUAUUUUGACUGGUACACCCUGUAUGAUAUAUCCAUCCAUGCAUGUAGUCUGUUGUGUAUAUGAGAGAUGUGUCUUGUGUGAUGACGUCAGAGCAAUCACAGGGAGUUCAGUUCAGGUUACGCCGAUGGUGUUGUAAUGGCCUGUAAUUUCCAUAUGUCCAUGUCGUCUCCCAUGUUAAGUAAUCAAACUAACUUAGUGAUAUAUGUAGUCUUAACUAAGACAAAAGGAAAGCAUAAGGAUAACACGUUUCAAUCUGGUCUCUUUCAAGUUUGAAAAUGUAAAGAUCAUUGUAUGAGGAUUGUUUUCGGAUUUUCUUAAUCGAAAAAAAGAAGUCAGGUGGUGUGAUACCAUAUGGAACCACUGUAUUAUUACAUCACACAGGUUUAUGGACUGAAAGAAUCACUGCAAUGAUCAGGCAAUAGCCAUCUGAUAUGCAUGUUGUUGUCAUGGACACUAUUGGUAAAUGGUUCAUGGAUGCACCAGUGUCUGUGUGCAUUAAGUGUUUAACACUGAUUGGCCUUUGUUUUAUUUGGUCAAUUUGUCCAAGUAUUUUCUUGAGGAACAUUUUAUUUUACUGCCCCUGUUACAUCAGUUGGGAACAAUAUGCAAUAUUACGUACUUGCAUUGUACAUUAGUGUGCACAGUGUAAGCACAAAAUUGCACCGUGUUCCCUGUAGAUGCACAUAAAAAGGGACAAUAAAAUGAAAUGUUAUCCUGUGCAAGUCGACCACACUGUAUUCUUCGUUUCAGUCGUUUCGAUGUCUCCAUCCUGUAUUUGUGAUCUAACAAAAAAAAAGAAAAAUAUAUUUUUUACAGACAGUCUUUCCUCCUUCU